UCUCUCUUCUCAAACACGACGCAAAACGCACGAGCCCCAGUACUUUGUUUGGCGUUGUUGAGAUAAGACAUUUAUCGCGUGCUCAGCUCAUUGUUGUCUUAUCACACGUGUGUGCGCAGAUAUUCAUCAAAUUUUACACCCGUCCGAGACUUCAUCUCAAAACAGUUGUAAUGCCGCCCGUGUCCAACGCAGUCAUGGAUCUUGCAGACGAUCAACGUUUUGCCCUCAUGAAGUUUCGCCGCAGCGUUUCAGACUGUCUGAAGCCAGGGCAAGGCGAUCCGUAUCUGCUGCGAUGGCUCAAAGCGAGAAAUUUUGAUCCCGAAGCCGCCGAAAAAAUGCUUCGCGAGUCGCUUCAGUGGCGCACGCGGUGGGACGUGGACCGUCUUUUGACCCACUGGGAGCCACCCCUGGUGCUCAAGCAGUUUUUCCCAAGUGGAAUUUGCGGUACAGACAAGGAAGGUGUUCCUGUUAUUAUGCUGCCAUUCAGCGGUCUGGACAUUUGGGGGUUGCUGCACUCGGUCUCAAAGGCCGACUUCAUCAGAAUGACGGCGAUGAGCUUAGAAAAAUACUUGGGCGAAUCCACGGCGAAUUUGGAAAAAGCUGGAAAACCUUCGUGUGCACCGACCCUGAUCGCUAUCAUGGACAUGGAACAUUUUUCCAUCAAACCUUAUACCUGGAGGCCAGCUGGAGAAGUUGUUCUCAGUCUAAUUCACAUGUAUGAGGCGAACUACCCUGAAAUCCUCAAGGCCUGCUACAUUAUCAAUGCGCCGAGCAUUUUUUCAAUGGCUUUUUCAAUCGUGCGGCCGUUCCUGCACGAGAACACGGUGCAGAAAAUCCACAUCUUCAGCAGCAACACGCGCAAGUGGAAGGCCGCCCUGCUUGAGCACAUCAACACCGACCAGCUACCAGCGCAUUACGGUGGCACCCAGGUCGGACCUGACGGAGACACCAAAUGCACUCACAAGGUGCACCAAGGUGGAAAAGUUCCCAAAUCCAUGUACCAGAAGGCGGAAGACCUGAAGGACGACAUUGGCGGCGAGUGGUUGUCGGCCACUGUUAAAAAAGGCGACCGACUUCAGCUGCAUUACGAUGUUGCAGAAAAAGGAUCGUUUUUAAGGUGGGAAUUCAGAACGGAGCAGCACGAUAUUCAGUUCGCCGUGUACAAGUGCGGCGACGAUGGGUCGCGCCAAGCGGUCGUCGAACCGCGCAAGGUCAGCUGCCAGGACAAGGGAGCCCCUGAGGUCGGAGUUCACAACUGCACAGAAGCCCCUGCGAAAUAUAUGAUUGAAUUUGACAAUUCGCACAGUAUGUUGCGCACCAAGAAGCUGCACUACCAGAUUUUGGUUGCGCCUCCACUGCUGGCCAACGCUGACAGCUUGACCGACAGUCUUGCGGCCAUCGUCGUCAGUUAAGUCAAUUUAAAGCAUCGAUCCCUCCGAGAAAUCCACGUUUUGAGGGUUAUUCACAUUAAAAUUUAACCUAAAUUGGCAUUACUCGCCAUGGAGAAUUUUUUUAAACUUUUGAUUGGUUGUGGCUGAGAGUGAAUAACCCUCCAGAACUGUACUUUAUAAACAAGACUUAUGCUAAAUCAUGAAGAACAUUGGUAUUUUUUUACUCUGUGAUAUAUAUUGUAGGUAUAAUAUGUGUUGAGAAAAAAUAAUCAAUAUUAUUGGAAGCACAAAACUGCGAGUUUUGGACAAUUUUGUAUUUUACUGUAAUAUUUACAAUAAAAAGGGAGUUUUAUUAUAAACGAGUUUAU